AUGGAUUUAAUAUUGAUAAUUUUUACACUUGGGUACUUGGUGUAACAUGCUGGGGCUUACUUCUUGAUUAAAUACAUUUAUGAGAAAAAGAAUAUUAUAGGAUUGGCCUUAGAAACCUAAGUGAUGUAUUUUAUUGGAGCUGUGAUGCGAAUCCUCUAUAUCAGUGAUACCAGAUUAUUAAGCUUCUUUUUAAUUUGGAUUGAGUUGGUCAUCUCCAUUGUAUUGAGUGCUUUCAUUUUUUAUCUUUUCCAUAAAUACAGGUAUACUCCUUUUCAUCUUUUAUAAUAGACAUACACGUUUCCAUUAAAUAUCUAAUCCAUAUGUUUCAUAUCAAACUAUCAUCCCCAUUUGUUUAGUUUUGUCUUUCUUUUUCCACCCUGGAACGAAGAAUGAAAAUUACUUUACAGUUCAAAUGUUCGUGUCCAUGAGUAUGUUUAUCGAAGCUUGUGGCUUGUUGCCUCAAAUUUAUGUGAGGUAAUUCUUUUUAGAAUGCAAUUAGCAAAAAAAUCGGAUCAAUUGAAGCAGACAUAUCUAAAUAUCUUGUUGCUAUGGGAUUUUCCAGACUACUUAGAUUAGUCUUUUGGGUUAUGAAUUACAUGGCUGGAGAAAAGUUUGUGUAUUUAAUACUUGCAGAUGUUAUACAUACAGUCAUCAUCGCCGAUAUCAUGUUCAUUUGGAUUAGAGAUAAAAAAAAGGGAGCUAUUUUGAUAUGAUAACAAUCUGCUUAAAUAAAAUCAAUUGUACAUCAUUAUUAC